AUGCACAAUGAAGAAUCCUUGCACAAGGAGCAAUUUGAUGCAGAAUUUGAAGACUAUGUUGACUGCGGUGUAGAAGAUGAUACUGGCCAACACGGUGAGCAGAAUAUGAUGCACAAUGAAGACGGCAAGGUGGUGGUGAGGGGAAUUAACAAAGGAAAGCGACUUGAUAUUAUGUCUAGAGGAGGCAGGCUUCCUCUAGUAUUCGCUCCAGGGAGGACCAAGCCAAAUUCACCACCUCUUGCUUCGAUGUUUGCUACUAAGUCUGCGAUCAUUGUUAGGGACUAUAUACCCAUCUUAACCCAUUGGAAGUACUACAAAGACAGGCAUGACAUCAAGCGUAACUUUCUGGGCAAACUUGCAAUGAGGUUCGCAAUGGAUAGAAACGAUGUCAAUUUGCAGAAAGCUUGCUUUGACAUGUUGAAGAAGAGGGUACUGAAUCAGCGCCACAAGCUAAAGCAAAAAUGGUUUGAUCCUAUGCCAUUGAGCGAAGUGUCAAGGAUAUCUCCUGUGAAAUCCAUGAGCAACAAGGAAUGGUGUGAUCUUGUGGAUUCCUGGAUAACUCCUAAGAAACUAGAUACUUGUGCAAAGAACAAGGUGAGCCGAUCAAUGGUCAAGUACCAGCAAGCCACUGGUUCACGCAGUUAUGAGGUGCAAGUACAAGAAGUGUUUCUGAGCGAGAAGUACAAAGAUAAGCCUCCAGAUGCAGUUGACUUGUUCAAGGAGACCCACUUUAGUACAAAAAGAGGAUUUAGUGAGAAUGCGCAAGCUGCAAUUGAUUCUAUGGAAAAUAUCAUAACGAGAGAACCAAAAUCUGCUGUUGAGGUCGUUUCCGAAGUGCUGAAUGAGAGUACUAAGAAUAACAGAUUCUUGGAGCGUAUUGGUUUGCCGCCGAUCCCUUCGAGUAGAACAUCCAAGAGUAGCCUUUUGGAGAAGCUAGAAGCUGAAAGAGAUGGGAAUGCUGAGUUCCGUAUUACCAUUGAAGAGUUGAAAAAAGCACAUGAAGAAGCUAAGGUGGCACAAGAAGAAGCUAGGAAAGCAAAGGAAGAAGCAGAUGCAGUAAGAGUAAAGAAUGAGGAAGAGAUUCAAGCAAUGAAGAAGAAACUUGGAGCAGAUGAAGCCCUACUUCGGCAAGUGAUGAGAAGGUUACAAGCACAGUAA